AAAUUACUCACAAACCCGUGACGUUUUACGCAAUCGACGUCAGCAUGAAGUCCACGAAGGCUCUGUAGUUAAAAUUUCCCCAUAUUUUCUCAAUUUAAACCGAACAAACGAACCUUCUUAAAAUUAUUCAACAUGGAUCUGACGGAGACUGUGUCGCCCAUUAUUGCCGUUCCGGUUAUCUGUGUGCUAGUUUGUCUUCUUGUUUUUGCAUUUGGUUUUAAGUCGCCUACACAACCUCCCAACUUCGAUGUUUUUGACGAUGAUGCGAGAAAGAAAAAGGGAAAGAAAUCAAAGGGCAUCAAAACCCAAAGUAACGGUCACACAGUAACUGCCAGUGGAGACAAUGAGGUGGUUUCUAGUGCCAAACCAACGGCUUCUCCCAAACAGGCAGCUAAGCAACCAGCCAAGCCAUCUAAAACGAAGCCAACUCCUGCAGCUCCUGUGGAUAAGAAGACCAAAAAAUCUGCCACUAAGGACAGUAAGGUGCUGCCUGCUGUCCCAGAGGACAAGAAGCCUGGGCCUUAUGUUUUCAAAGAAGAAGAAAUAUAUUCUGAUGACUGGGAAACUGUACCAAAGAAGGAAAAGAAAGAAAAGAAGCAGCAAAAGAAGAAGGAAGUAGAGCCUAAGAAGGAGUCGCCUGUGCGUGAAGAGUCUGUGGUUGUCAAGGAGUCCAUGGUUGUCAAGGAGGCAGAGUUUGUUGUGACAACUGAGCCUGAAGUAGAGGCACUGCCUCCACCCUCACCCUCGUUUGAGGAACAGCGAGGGAAGAAAAAGAAGGAGAAGAAAAACAAGAAGGCCAAGGAAGAGAUAGUAGAACCAGUAAAGCCCAAGAGUUCCCAAGUGGAAGCCACUGUCAUCCCUGCUGUUGUCAAGUCAAUCCCACCUGCCGAAGUCAAGUCAACCCCACCUGCCGAAGUCAAGUCAACCCCACCUGCUGUAGUCAAGUCAACCCUACCUGCCGUAGUCAAGUCGUCCACACCUGCCGUAGUCAUGUCAAUCCCAGUAGCUGUUGCCAUGGUAACUAAGCCUGCUCCAGCCCCUGUGGAGGAGCCCAGCAUAGAGACUUUGAUUCAGAGCACGGAUCAUAUUAUUCAGGAGGCCAUGGAUACCACUGUUGAGAAGGCCAGCCCAGUUCCAGAAAAGAGGAACAAGAAGAAGAAAAAGAAGGCUCCAGCCGAGGAAGAUGAUUUUGUCAUACCAGACUCAGCCUUGAAACCGGCCUCCAUUCCGGUUGCCGAGGUGGAACCGUCUCCGGCCUUGGUUGACAACACUGAGGCCCUUACAGUGAAGAACUCCAAAAAGAAGCAAAAGAAGGACAAGAGUAAAAGAUUAGAAGAGAAGCCAAACAAGAGUGGUGCUGCUGCUGAUUCUCUCUCCACUGUCUCAAAGAAACCUCAAGCUGCAGAGCCCCCUGCAGCAGAUACCCACCCCAGACUUGCCAGCCCCUCUGAUGACCCAGCCCCUGAUGGAGGUCAAACUGCCCCAAGUUUUGAUGAAAUGGGGGCCAUAGCAGACUCCUGGACUGAAGCCAAACCAAAGAGUAAAAAGAAGAAGGCAAGAAGAGCCGACUAGUCCUCCAUGCAAUUCCGUACUUGUAUAUUAUAUUUAUUUUUUGUAAUUUACGAGAAUUCAGGCAGACAUUUGUCUGAAGAUGGGGUCCAGUUUUUACUUGACUUUGUGAUAUACUUAGACCAUAGACUGGCUGCUUCCACUCUAGUUUUUACCUUGAAGCAUGGCAAUGCAAGAAUUCAAGAGUGGGUGGCGAGUCUACAUUUUUUUUGCAGAAGACACAUUAUAGGACAUGUACGUACCUCAAAAGCAGACUGUUGAAGAUGAUUCUAAGGUACUUACCUUGAUGUAAGGCUAAUAAUAUAUGGAGAAUUGCCUAGGCUGAUCUUUUUUGAGGCUUUCAAUAGAUUUUUACAAACAUUAGCUCCUAUUUUGUACAAAAAAAAAGAAUUGUUUUCAAAAACAGAAUAAUUAAAAUAUAUUGUUUUGUUAUUAUUAAUUGUAUUUUGACAUGACAAUGAAUAUGAAUACUUGUUGUUAAAAGUUUAAUUAUUUCUAGGACUCAAAUCUUGGUAAAAGCAAAUGAGUUUCUCAACUUCAUGUGGAAAGUCGAUUCAAUAGUAAGUCAGCAAUAGUGGAAAGUAUUCUUAAAAAGCAUUUGUAGAUUUAUAUUUUACUGGUGCUAUAUCAGAUGUCAGGCACAUGUUGUGUACGGGAUUAUUGGACAAGUUUGAAUGAUAAAGAAUGAGUGCUCUGUUUAUAAUGUUAUCCUGUGAAUAUAGAUAUUUUAUCACAUGUAUAAUUGAUUAUCGUGACGAACACUGUGGUGAGAAAUGCGUCACAGAUGGCUUGCGUCACAGGUUGAAACUGUGCAGACAGGCAUUAAUACUGGGCCAAGCUUGGAUAAGGCGCUUGACAUUUCAUUAACCCUCUUCAGUGACGUAUCUUGUGUAAUUGAAAAGGGACCGUUUUUGUAUGUCCCUAGUUAUUGUACUGAAGAAAUGCAUCAACAUGGAGAACAUGUGCGUUUACAGCACACUUUUAAUAUUGAUUAGUUAGUAAAAGCAUUGCUGAAUUGUGUUUUUGAUAGGAAAUCACAAAAUAAAUAGCUUGUCUGUUAAUUUGGCAGACAAGAAAGUCUUUGUGGGAACUGGCAGCAAGUUAUGGGUUGAUUGUUUGAAGGUGUAAGGUCAUACCUUUAUGUAUUAUCGCAUGUUCAUUUAUGUCUUUUGUGUUGUUGUUUCUGCUAAAAUAUUAUUUCUAAGUGAUUUAAGUUUUACUUUGAUUUUGCAAUAUUCACUAGUUAAGGAUUUUAUGACAGGGUUACAAUUGUGACUUACAUCCACUAUACGAAGUUAAGAGUAUUCUAAAAUGAAAUAAAUUUCAUCAGGGAAACUCUCUUCCACUUUUCAACGUACAACAUUCAAACUUGCAUGCACUGUUCCUGAUGAUAAAGUUGCCCAUGUGCGAUUCUUAUACAUUAAAUAAUUACAAAAGUAAUCAACUUUUUGAACUUGAAACUUGCAUAAAAGAAUUAUUGUUACAGAUCAUAGUAUGGAACAUCUUGUAAUGGCCCUAUGCUAUGCUUCAUUAAAUCAUGACCCUGAGGUCAACUCUGCCCACAUUCAGGGGGUCAAAUAGUUUAUAUGGGCUAUGCUCAGUGAAAAGGGGGUUUAAUUCAUGUGCGUAAAGAGCCGUCCCAGAUUAGCUUUAAUUAUAUUUUAUGUGUACAGAGCGUCUAUUCUUAGCAAAAAUCCAGUUUGGGCGGAAAGAGUCGUCCCUGAUUAGCCUGUGCAGACUGCGGACAUGCAUUAAACCCCUUUUUCACAGAGCGUUGCCCAUAUACACUUAUAAACCAAAAUGAUGUGGAACUUUUUUCCUUUGAAACUAAAAAGGCACAAAGGUUCGAUAUAUUUUAUGAGUAAUAUAGGAUUAAUAUUCACAACAAUUUUUAUUUUUUUAAUCAAGCCUCUUGAGUGAAACUGGCAUGGCGCAGGGUCCAACUGGCAUGGCGCAGGGUCCAACUGGCAUGGCGCAGGGUCCAAAAGUUUUUUUACACUUUGCUUCAUAUAACUACUUGUCAUUUCCGGGAUGUUGGUUAUUGGUCACUGGUGUGACAAGUACUCAUUUUAAGUUAAAAUACAAAUCAAAUAGUUUCUUUAAUUUUGUUCUAGUCUCUGUUCGGAAACUGACUAUUUAGCAGCUAUGUCUGUAGGAAAAAAUCGCAAUUAACUUCUCGCGAUACUUUGAAUUUUAAACUCAGUGUUUUUUGCUCAUAUUCAAUGUUUUAAUGAUUAAGUAAUUUGUCCAUGUCUUCUUGUUUGCACCAUAUCUUCUUCUUGUUGUUGCACACCCAUGACAUUUCCUUCCCUGUGCAAUGAACAGAUCUCUUGUGCUAUAUUUCUAGUCAUCACACGCAAAACUUUUACUAAUCAUCGGGAGGGAUUUUCUGUGUUCUCAUAACCUUGUCAGGUCAACAUAAAAUGCAAGUUUUGGGGCAGGUUUUGUUGUAUAUAGACCUUUACAAAUGGGCAUUGAUCACUUUGAUGGUGUUGGUUGCUGCGUCUUCAAAUGACCCAAAACCUCUUAAAAUGUGGGCUGUAACUUUGGGCAAAAUCUGAUUUAAAAAAAACAUUAAUGAGUGUGAAUUUUCAUCUUAUCAAGAAAUUAACUGAUACAUGCAGGUAUAAUCCUUAUAGUAAGAGUAUAGGUUUUAGAUAUAGAUUUCAAAUGAAUGGCUGGCUUUAUACUUUUAAUAUGGGUGUUUGGUGAUCUGAGUUUGGUCUCUUGACGCCCUAGCCUUAAUGGGUUAAAAAGAAAGCUCAGAUAAUUCAGAAUAUUUUAAUGGCAAUUACAAGAUGUUGUUGUGAUUUCUUUUUUAAAAGAUGAGUUUGUUAUUGCUCUGUGUGGCAUCUACUAAUACCGUGAGGUAUGAAGUGAUUAUCCGGUCUUUUAUUCAGUCUUUACUAGGUUUACUCUGGUUUACAUGUUUCGUAUAACAUCAAAACAGAUUACAGCAAAGCUUUGGUGCUUGCAUUGAUGGAUGCCCCAAGGGGUGCUUUAAUGGCAUCUUGUUGUAUCAUAUGUUCUGUUCUAAACUGCCACUGUAGUUUCGCUGUACUCAUUCGUGUUAUUUCACAAUGAAUAUCACCUUUGUUAUUAAAGUCUUUAAAACCAUUAAAAGAAUUAAUAACAGCUGUUUUACCAGAUAUUAAUCGUAUGUUGUGAAAUGAAAAUAAAAGUCAUGGAAUUUGUGAAGAGUAAUUUUACGCAUCAAAUUAAAUGAUGAGAAAUUGCCAUUUGACUCGGGUAGCAAUUUGAAUUUGGGAUGUCAAAUCACCAGUUAUCACAGCUGUUAAUACAAUUAGGUGGGUUGUUCCUUAUCCAUUUGGCUAUACAUUUUGUUCUUUUUGAAACUUCGUUUUGAUUUUAUGUUUAUAUGUUUAGAACUUCAUAAAAGUUGGAGAUAAGCUAAUGAAUGUUCUUAUGUGGUCUUAUGUUCUUAUGUAUAAGCAUUGGGAGGAAUGAGGAAUGCUAGCAGGCAAACUGGGGAUGCGUACAAUGUCUUGUAAUAAAAUUGUUUGGUGGAUCGCCCAGGGUCAUGUGUUACUUUGUUUUUGUUUUUGUUAUAAUAGGAGCGGCUGUCUGGGAAAACAGGGCUUAAUGCAUGUGCAUAAAAUAUCCUUGAUUAAUCAGGGCUACACUUGCCUAUACUGGAUUUUUGUUUUGGAAGAGAACUUAAAUUCCAUGAUAGCAGAAAGUGUUGUCCCUGAUUAGCCAGUGCAGACUGCACUGGCUGAUGUGGGAUGACCCUUUACAUAAAUGCAUCAAACUCAGUUUUUUCAGAACACCACUCUCAUUUGUUUAAUACCAGAGUUUACACUUAUGAAAUUUUGGCACCAAUAAAGAUUUAUAUUUAUAAAUAAACUUUUUUUUAUUUACAUGAAGUAUUUUGACAAUGUGACCAAAAACUUGCCUUGACUGAAGUUUAUUUUAUUGUUCUUGAUGCAGAUAUGCAUGUAUGAUUGUCUUUCUUCAGGUUAGUUGGCUGCACUAGAAUACUGUCAUAAUUUUUGAAAAAAGCAUACUUUUAUUAGAAACUAAUUUUACAUAAGUGUUUCCAUGCAAAUGCUAUAAAAACAUUCCAGCCAUUAUCAUGAUCACCUUUGAGUAUAUAUUUUUGAUACAAAGAAUAAUUUGUUGCACAAUAUUACAAGGUGUUGCAAGACCUUUACCUCAGAAUGAGUCCACUCCUCACCAGGAUAGUAUGCUUCGUAUUUAAGUCGCAGCACUAUGCAAAAAUGGGUCUAAUGACAUAUGCAGCCAUGGUAGCUUCUUACCAAACUGCACAAACUGUCUGUCAUAAAGUCAGCAAGGUUUCAUCGUCUCAUCAGCGGAGGGGGAAGCUGCUUACAACACUGCACAAAAAGCGCAUCCAGGAUUGGAGCUAUGCUAGCUGCAUGUAGCUUAACACCCAUUUUUGCACGAUGCUGCUUUUGUCUGGUUACACAGGAAUUUCAGUUUACAUACAUCACAGGUUUGUCAAAACAACAAUUAUUUGCUUUGAAGAUCUAUCCUGUAUCUUUGUUUUGCAUGCAUGCAUGUGGUAGUUAGUUGAUUAUACAAGAGUGAAUAUGCAUCCAUUGGUUGUCAAUCAGUCUGUUAUAUAUGUAUGAGGUAAAAGAAGCUAAAAUGGUUAUAUAUGUAUGAGGUAAAAGAAGCUAAAAUGGCACAACAUUAAUUUGAGGUAUACAAAAUGCUAUUGUUAUUUUUUUUUAUUGCAACAUUUGUUUUGGCAGUAUUUGUUAAGAUCUUUGUUGAAAUUGAUUUGUUUGCUGAUAAACUUUUGUUUGUGCAUAUGAGCUCAUGCAAAAAUGUAUCUUAUUCUUCAUGUAGCCAGCGUAGCUCCAGCGCAGCAUGGGUACUCGCAUAGUCUGGUUAGGAGCUCCUGAACUGGAUGCAUGAUGCGACGGCUGGUCUGGAGCUAGGCUGGCGGCACAUGGCACAAAGCCCCUUUUGCAUGACAAGGCUAAUAGUAUGCUUCUGACAUACUGUAGUAGAAUAUAGUAUUAAAGUAAUUUUAAUUAAAUGGUAAGGCAUGUACAUUUUUUAAAAGAAUGUUCACAGAGCCUUUUUUAGGUAUCCAUUUCUGUUCUAUUUUGCAAAUGUCUUACAAAUAUUGAUAGGUUUCAUGAUCCAGUAUUUGUAUGGAACUUUGAAUGGUGUGGCUAAUACAAUGGUUAGUGCAAGCAACAGUGACAUUAAUUGAUCUAUGUAUAUGUGUAUGCAAUGCGUGUAUUUGCAUGCAAUAAUAAUAUGAUUUUUAAUUAUUGUACAGUGGUAUGUAUAAUGUUUAUUGGAUGGCAGACCAUGUUCAGUAGUGUCCGAGCAUCUGACAUAAUGUCUCCCAUAGAUCUCUGUAUUCUUAUUGACUUGUGUGACCUUGUAUAAAGUGGUCAUUGAUUUUGUAUGAGGUAUAGAGAAGCCAACAUGCAUUUGAGCCAACCUCUAGGAAAUCAGGGCUUAAUGUAUGUGUAUACAGUGUCGUCCCAGAAGUGCCUGUGGGUAUUGCACAGGCUAAUUUGGGGCAAAAUUCUGCGUUUAUGGUAAUUUUCUUUUAAAGAAAGUCUCUUCUAAAAGAAAAUCUAGUCAGGCUUAAAGUGUCGUCACAGGUUAGCGUGUGUGGACUGCACUGGCUAAUCUGGUUUGAAACUACACACAUUCAUUAGCCCCAUUUUCCCGGAACGCGGCUGAAAUGCAUUUGAUUUCAUGUAUUUAUCCACCAUGUUGUACCAUCUUAUUUUUAAUUAAUCUAUAAUGUUUUAAAUUAUUGCAAUGCUGUGUAGAAUGUAUGGGCAGUCCAGUCUGUAGUUAGAUACUUUGGUGGGGGUAUUUGUAUAUCAGUUGUUAUUCUACACUGUACAUGGGAUGUUGCUAAAAAAAAACUAAAAUUUCAUCAUCAGGUAAUUUGUGCUUGGAUUGUACAUGUAUAUAGCAAUUGGGUGAACCAUUUCUUUCAUCAUAUACAAACAAUUAAAUUGUAAAUGUUAUAUUGGUUACAGAUGUUAUUCUAGUUAAAGUGUAACAUUGAAGAGACAGAGACAAUGUUGUAAGGAUGAAGUUGAUUUUCCCACUUAUCAUCAGUAUCAUAGUUAUUAUGCAUUAUGAUGUUAUAUAUUUAAAAUCAUUUACAAAAUAUGUUUUACACAUUAAUGCCAAAACAUACUUGUUCGAAACAUAGGUUGCUUUUCAUUUACUUUAGGUACCCAAAAGCCAAACAUUUUAGUUAUUCAAAAAGAGGAUGUGAAUUUAAUAUUCAGAUAUUUCUUUGCUUGAUAGCUACGCAAUUAUAUCAUUAGAUGUUGAGCAAUUAGAUGUAUGCUAUAUGUAUGUUCAAACAAAAUGCUAUUAAAGCAUUGAUCCAGUUAGUAAAAUCACUUCUAGGUAGGCAUGGCAAUUAAAUACAUUGUUUUUAUUAUUAUAAAAUUUAUGGUGAGAAUAGAGAAAUACAUGUUAUUCAUUUGAUAUAAAUGCAUGUCAGUGUAUUUUCAAUUCUUCAUAGUUCAAUGCAAGUAAAAUAACAGAUAUAUGCGGCCCGUUGUCAUUGUAUGUUUGCAAAGUUAAUGUUUAAAUAGUCAUGUUCAAUUGUUAUAUAUAUAUAUAUAUUGAUAAUUGUUAAUGCAAUUGUAUGUAUUUAACAUGUGAACCUAUUUACAAACAUGUUGGGAUAAUUAUGUGCAUCAUAUUUUCUGUGUAUAUUUUCUUGCCAUACAUACAUGUCAUUCAGGGUAUUAGGGCUGUUGAACCAUAGAUCAAAUGAUAAAAAAUAUUUGUUUGAUGAUAUUAUUUUGGCCUAAAAAUUAUAAGAUUUUGCAAAAAAAAUAAUUUCUUUUUUGAAUUUGGACCAUUUGAUACAUGUGCUUUUGCAAUAUAUUAGAAUUUGCUGAUACAUUUGGUUGUGUAUUUCAAUGUAUCUACUGGCAUAAAGAAUAAAGGCAUCCUAUUUUAGUAUGCGUUACUAUGGGUUCAUACUUGUAGGUUUAUGUAAUAAUUUUACGCUGUAAUAUUGAACCAAAAUCAGUGUCAUUUGACCUAUGGUUUGACCUAUCAGUGUCAUUUGACCUAUGGUUUGACCUAUCAGUCUCAUUUGACCUAUGGUUUGUCCUAUCAGUGUCAUUUGACCUAUGGUUUGACUAUAAUUGUCACUGUCCGUUCGUUCAUGCUAUCUUUCUCAUAUGAGCCUUGCUCUGUGCAUGUGCGUAAAGUGUCGUCCCAGAUUAGCCUGUGCAGUCUGCACAGGCUAAUCAGAAACGACAUUUACCGCUUUAAUGAUAUUUUUCAUUUAAAGAAAGUCUCUUUUUAGCAAAAAUCCAGUUAUAGUGGAAAGUGUCGUCCCUGAUUAGCCUGUGCUGACCACACAGGCUAAUCUUGGACUACUCUUUUCGCACAGGCUUUUAACCCCGUUUUUACAGAGCGAGGCUCAUAUAUUUGCGUGUUGUUGUUGUUAGUUUUCAAAAUUAUUUUCUUAAACCAUAAUCAGAUGUGUUAUGUUUUAUCAUUGUGUUAAUUUGGGGUAUAUUGUGAUGCACGUUAUAAUAUAAGCAAUGUUAAGCAAACAUUUAGUCACAAUGUCGCAUAAUACCAUGUUAAUGCGCUCUAGUUUAAAAACUGAAAUGAUUGAAUAUUGCAUCUUAGUAAGAUUUUUGUAAGGUGCAAUUGAACCUCGCUGUGGGAAAACGCUUUUAUGGUAUUUUAUGAUUCAAGACAGUUUAGGCAGAAAGGUUCGUCCUGAUUAGCCUGUUCAGACUGGACCAACACUUUAUGCACAUGUACUAAGCCCCGUUUUCCCGUAGCGAGAUUCAAUUAUAAUCACAAUAAUGGAUUACCCAAAGAUGUGAUUUUUACACACAUAUUUGCUUGUCUAAGACAGCCAUGUACGGUCGUCGAGCGCUUUUAAGAGAUUGUCCCCUGCAUGUGAUAUAUAAAACAUGUAUUUACUGACGGUAACUGCCACUCAUCUUACAGCAUUUGGUUACGGUCAAUUCAUUGAAAAUCUUCGCCAAACUAAACUGUAUUGUGCAUGCCAAAAUGUAUGUAUGCAACAUGUUUGAAAAAAGAACAUUGUCUAGAUUGGAAUCGGCUAUAUUUUUGUGAAGAAAGUAAUAUAUUGAUUUAUUAAAUCAUACUAUUCAUAUUAAACACAAAAAACA